AUGGAAAAUUCUCCCGGGAUUCGUCCCGGGUACGAGUUCUCGCCCGCCCGGAUGGAUAAUUCUCCCCAAACUCUAACGGGGUACGAGUCAUCGCCGGGUUUACGGAUGGAAAAUUCUCCCGGGAUUCGUCCCGGGUACGAGUUCUCGCCGGCUCAGAGGAUUAGCAGAAGCUCCGGGUCUCGACCCGGUAGCAUGCUGUUGCCCAAAGACAAGAAAUUGCUUGAAAACAGCAAUAUUCCUGUUGCUUACUGCCAGCUUUACGCUGAGGCCUGUCGUGGAGGCGGUAGAAAAGCCGUCUCCCAGGCUCAGAAGCCAUCUAAAGCCGAAAAAACGGCCUUAUCUCUUCCUCAAAAUUCUGAAUUGAAUGCUGAGGCAGAGAUCAGCCAGGCAAAAAGCCGGUCGAAACCACGCGCCAGACGCAUAGGAUUCGCAUCGCGAAAGACCAAAUCACAGAAAGCUGUGAAAAACGGGUCUUUAAAGGUUGUUAAGUCCCCUGUUGAGAUCGAUGAAUCCAACAAGGAGUUUGAAGACGUUGAAAGUCUCUCCAAAAGUAUGGAUUCAUUCCUGUUUGAGGAUUUGAUUGAAACAAAUCCUCCUUUGAAACGGAAUGUGGACAUUCCAUAUCCAUAUGAUGCCUUCAGGUAUUUUCCAAAUAUGGAUGAGGAUACUUUUAUGGGCGGUGGCAUGUCUUAUCUAUUGCUAAGUGAUAUUGUGCCUGAAUCUUUUAUGGAAUCACAAUAUAAUCGUAAUUUUAAGACAAGGCCCUAUGGUUUUGACCUAGAUCUAUGUUUGCUCCAGAUCGGAUUAGAAGACCUGCAGAGCUCUCCUAAUGAAAUGGCGACCACUGUAGCCUUAACAUUUGGAAUCGCUGAGUAUCUUCCACAUUUUACAGCCAAUCUCGGCUUGCUCAGUUCACGUGGCUAUCAAAACUUUUUGACCACUGGUGUUUUCGAUCCAUCUUUUGUGAUCUUUAACCCAUUGCCUCGGCUCCCGGCCAAGUUGGUUAUUCCUCUGUACGAUGGAACCCACUUCGGAGUUGCAAUUAUCGAGGUUUCCGACACAGGAGCCGUAAAAGGGGUUUUGAUUGAUACCCUUUUCGACAUGAACGGUCGUCCCCUUUUGAGUUCGACCAGUCCGAGUAUUAGACAAUAUUUAAACAGUGUUUCUAACUCGGUCUUCAAUAAAGACUGUUUAUUGAUAGAAGAGAUUGGUCACAAAUUUGACCGACAGUAUGAUGGAGUCAGCUGCGGCUUCCAUACCGUCCACAACACAUUACUGUACCUAAUGUGCUCGGAAAGCGGCGAAGAAGUUAAACCCUUAGGUCUAACCUCCCGUGACUUGAGAGAAUUGCUGUUAGUUCAGUUGUCAAGACAGUUCCAGCUUUACGGCGCCACACAGGCGGAAAGACUUGCUCGGUGGUCUAAGAUUGAAAUUAUUCCACCUCAAGGUCGGCCUUCGAUUCAAGAUAUUAGGCUGUUGCCACCAACAACCCCUCAAAAAAGAAAGGUUAAUGUUGUUGCGACGACUCCGAUCAAAAAGACAAGAUCGGUUCAAAAAGUUCCAGACAAAGCUUCUGCGGUUCAAGAGGAACCCGUAUUUGCGGUUCCUGAAACUCCAAGGAAAAGGAGAUCAGUUACUAAGCGGCAGACCGAUGAGGAAAACUCAGGUCAGAUCGGGGCCUCUCCAAAGAAGCCCAGGGCUUCCCCAAGAAAUAAAUCAGUCGAAGACAAGCUCAUGAAGCGAUUUGACUGCGUUAACAUUUCUCUAAUGAUAGAGAAAGAAAAGGAGAUUCUCGAGACUCCGUCCUGUGUGCCUGAGGGAUAUAAACUCUACGCCCAAGAGAAAUAUCCACGCCAAAAGUUCCGUUACAUGAUGGAGCUGUUCAAGGACGCCAAUCGCGUCGGCACAAGUACAAAGACUUUUGAAGAGAGAUUACUCGGCGAGUCUGAGCUCACAUAUGUAGAGAGGGACGACGAUGAGUUUGAUCCCAAGUUGAUUUCGUUUUCAUUGGCUCAACUCAUAAGUCAAUCAGGAAGACCUAUUGGUCUCAUCUCUCCUUCAUGGUCGCUGGAUACCUCGGCGGAUCCUGCGGAUUAUCAGUUGGUCAGCAUUCCAACGGAAGAUAGUGACCAUGACCCUGCCUUAUUUAUUCCGCUCAUACUGAAGCGACGAUCGACUCGCAAGGUGGUGACCUCACGGUUCUUUGCCCUUGCAGUAAUGUAUAAAAACAGGCGAUCGGCCAAGGUCGUGAUCAUUGACCCUGUUAGAACUGGGAUUGAUGCCCAAGAAUUCCAUGAUAUAUUCCUAAGGGUCUAUAGAAAUGUUUUCUGUCCUCAAACCGGCGCCAAUCCGAACGCUGAGAUUUAUGUGAUUACGAAUUCCGCUCAGUACCAUUGGACUAAUGAUGGAAAUUUCACAGCAAACCACACUGUUUGCAAUGCCCAUCUGUACAUAGAGUCCAAUGGAAUGGCGCCCAACACAGCCGUUAGCUGGGGAAGCGGGACAGCCAGGAAUUUUUCAAUUAGAAUUCUGAAUUCUAUCUUUCACAGUAGUCCUGUUGACAAUGUCUAUAACCAACUGUGUCAAGACUUUGUGAAUGACACAAAAACAAAAACUCCUUCCCCGCCUCGAACGCCGGCAGUUGCAAAGACUCAGCCUGCGCCUCGGCCUCCUACUCCUCCGCCGUUUACUCCAAAAACCCAAACAAAGGGUAUUGUGCGAAGGAGUAAUCAGGAUUACGUCCAAAAGGAACAACUGAAGAGAUCAAAAUCUUCGAAAAUAGGGCGGACAACUGUUCAUUGUCAAGCCUCACAUAGCAGCGGUCAUUAUUAUCGCCAUCCACAUCAUGUUGGCCAUUUUAAUAACUGUCCGCAUUGUCUGGCGUGGUUGUUGCCCGGAGAGACUCCUCGAGAGUGCUGCAAGGAAGGUCGAGUUGUAAUGCCUGAACUCAGAGAAAUGCCCGAAUUCCAACGCGACUUAGCGCUCGGGGAAGUGGGCAUGUUUAAGGAUAAGAACUUCUACGCGUGCUAUCGGGAAGAGGGGCCUCGAUUGAAUCAAAUGUAUGCGUUUGCCGCGCAAACUGUGAACCAGUCGGAUCCGCCUGGACGGGGCGCGCCAGUCGUUAAUAUCAAUGGCCAAACGUCUUACCACAUUUCAAAUCCUGAAGGAAUGUCGGCCACGCUUUUGCUUGGGCAACUCCUCCGAUUUGCCCCUGACAUAACGCCAGAUGACGUGUGUGAGCAGCUAAAAAAGACUAAAAUGUACAUUCACAUGUCGCAUAAGAAAGCCUUUGAUUUUCUCACUGCGCUCUUUUAUGAUUACAUUCGCCGUUACAAUGACUUGGCCCAAAUGUACUUGACGAUUAUAGAACGUCAAGAACUUCUUGCUGUCGAAGGCAAGCCGCAAGAAAAUUACUGGCUCAAAGUGGUUGACGCCAAUGAACUAAGUCCUGAAUUAAGGCGCCAAUUGCUCCCUGAGGGUCUACACGAGCGGCAAAUAAAUAAGCCCGAAGUCGCGGAGCAUGCUGUUGUCUACUUCAGUGAUGACAGUGGCCAUGUCAAUCUUCCUGGCGGACUGAUUGUUUAUAGCAGAGGUCACCAAACGGCUAAAUAUAAGCCGUAUCUCCCUGAACUGGACUCGCUCCUUUACCCUCUGUUGUUCAUACACGGUGAACCAUACUUCCACCGACAUCUGCCGUUGCGAGACGUCGGUGAAGAUGAAAUCCUUCCGGAUCCUCGACCCGGGGACGAUGAUGACUUUUUGCCGUUCGAUGUAAAUGUCGAACUGAAUCCUCUUCCAACCGGGUUGAAGGAAACGGAAGAUGACAUCAAUAUUACCGACUUGGAGGAGGUAUUUGACGAGGGGGACGCUUUACCCAAAAAAGCCGAUCCUAAACAAAAGAAAUGCUCUGUGCGCAUGCAAAUAAAGUACAGGCUUCAGCGCAGAGACAAAGAUCGUUCUGUUCACAGAAUCUUUGCCCAUCCAAAAGUCGGUGGCCGUUGGGUCUGCCAAAAGGCUUUGGGAAUCGAACAGCAAGUGUUCGAUUACUACGAAAAGAACGUCGUACCCAAGCGACGCGUGGACGCUAAAUACGUUCGCGAAAACUUUGGCGAACUCCUUAAGCAAAAGUCUAAGGGUUACCAGCUGGGAAAGCUUACACGACUGCCUCCAGGCCAUCGUUACAGCCGUCGUUAUUACCAGCGCCAGUAUUCCAACUGCGUUGGGAUGGCCCAGACGCUAGGUUCUCCGACCUUCUUUAUUACGUUGACGGCGAACUCUGAAUGGCCCGACUUUCUACAAAUCUGUGGAAAUAAAGGCGUCGAUCCCAAGAAUGCAUACGACAUUCUGAAUCGCGUAUUCAGACGAAAAGUUGUUGAGCUCAUGAAACGCAUUGCGCCUGCCGGCUCGAAUCAAAAAGGGUGGUUCGGGAAGUGUAACGGAUACUACAUGUCAUUGGAAUUCCAAAAAAGGGGAAAUCCACACGUCCAUAUGCUUUUGUGGACCGAGCACAAAGAAAUGUCUGCUCACGUAGUGGACGAAUUCAUUACUGCCCGGAUCCCCGAUCCUGUGGUCGACGCCGAGGUCCACGAUAAGGUCCUUCGGUACAUGAUCCACGACUGCAAAGAGACAGAUUUGUGUCGUGACAAAAACGGAAAAUGCAAGCGGAGAUAUCCGCAAGAACUUGCUCCGGAAACCAGAAUUGGUCCCGGCUAUGUUUCGUACCAAAGGUUGGAACGUGGGCCGGACGUCUCAGUACCUGUUCACACAGGCAGCAAGAUGAUUGAUGGUGUGCAACAUGUCUACACAGACAGGCAUGUAGUCCCCACUAACAAGACCCUCAUAACUUGGUGGGAUGGUCAUUGCAACGUGGAAGCCGUUUGCACAAACGGAACUCCUGCUUAUGUCAUUAAGUACAUAUUGAAAGGCAAUGACAAGGCGAUCGUGCAAGUCAUUUCUGACUUCGAAACUCUGGAAGCCAAUAAGGCAAAGGAGAAAGAAGUUGAAAAACAAAGACAAGAAAAGCUCGGUGAAGAUCAACCUUUCGAAGAGGAAGAGAUUGAUCCCGAGAGAAAAAAGGCAGAUGAAAAGGUGUACGGCAUCGAAAUUCAUCCUAAAACGAAGAAGGUCGACAUUCAUGAGCCGGAGCACUAUUUGGGUGCAAACUACCUGACUCCUCCGGAAGCUCACCUUCGUAUCCUGAGUUUUGGACCCAUUUUCGUUUCACAUAUUGUGGAACAAAUUGGGAUCCAUAUGCCAGGCGAUAAUCACGUCUAUGCGGCCGACGGUGAGCCAGUUGAGAACAUUUAUCAGCGGGUCAGCAAUCUGAAUCCAGAUGUGCAUUCAAGACUGACUGCAUACUUCCAGUAUUGUGCGAUACACCCGGAAGAAACCGCUGAUUUGACAUACGUAGAUCUGAACAAGACAUAUGCGUAUGAUUACAAGACUUUCACAUACAGAAAGUAUCAGAGACAAAUGAAAAAGAUCGUGCAGUUGCGCGAGGUUUCCGUAAAAGACAAAGAGAAAUUAGCUCUUCGGUCAAUUAUUCUCACGGUGCCAUGUCUCCAGAGUUUCGAACAGUGCAGAACGCACAACGGCCACAUUUACGCCACAUUUUUGGAGGCUGCUCAGGCCCGAGGACUUUUCCACUCGGAUGUUCUUUGGCGACAAGCCCUCGACCAAGCCCGUGGACGCACCUGCAAACACUUUGUGUUUCUGUUUGCCCAAGUCCUCAUCGAGGCCGGUGAACUUAUUGAAGAUCAGCUUCAAUUGUGGAACGACUAUAAGAUCCACAUGAUGAUGCCGACAUUCCACAGGCCCAACAUGCCUGAUGCUGAAAUCAGGGAAAGGCAAGAGCGCAGAGCCUUGGAGCUCCUAAGCUAUUACAUCUCCAAUAUGGGUGGGAAGUAUGAAUCCUUCAAUUUACCACCCUUGGAUGGAGCAUAUGACCCUGAUGUCCACGGUGAAGACGUGGAUCUUUUCGUUGGGGAGUUCGAAACGACUGAGCGUCCUCCAGAACCUCCUAAGCCAAAGGUAGUCCUCGGAGACGACCAACAAUACGCCUUUGAUACUAUAACCAAGGCGAUGGAACUCGGGCUAAAGAAUAAGGCGAUGCCCCAUCGUCAAUUCUUUAUACAUGGCGCAGGCGGUACAGGGAAAACAACCCUGUACACUGAACUCGCAAAUUAUUGCACCGAGAAUGGCAUCAAAUACGCGGCCACCGCUACAACCGGAGUAGCGGCUAACUUGCUGCCCGGUGGAAUGACCCUCCAUAAUCUGUUGUGGGCUCCACUUGAUCUCACCCCGGACACUCUUCCUACUCUAAAGUACGAAGACUCCAGGGCCCAGCGUAUUCGUCAACUUGGUCUUUUGAUCAUUGACGAAGCAAGUCAAUUGCACAUUAACAUGUACGAUUACUUGCAGCGUCUGUUGCGCCAUGUUCGCAGACCAGGCGAUAUUGAUCGGCAGUUGGUCAUCCUCUACGGAGGAGAUUACCAACAAAUACUGCCCGUUUGUCCAGAUCUCAGGAUCGGCGAAGAAUGGAACAGGUCACUGAUCUCCAAAAAAGCUGAAAUGCAAUACAUUGUUCUAAAGCAAAAUCACAGAACAAGAGCUGAUGAAAGGAGUUACAGGCAGUUUCUUCAAGAAAUUGGCUCAGGAACAAACUUUUCCUCAAGAGUGACCGCCUUCUCGAUUAGACACAAGUUGCAUCCGGACAUUCACAAUCAUACAAGUCCGCAAGACAUGAUUGAGGCUGUCUUCCCCGAAAGUCAUCUACAGAUGACUCUCGAGACAAGACCAACCGGAAUGGCGAUAUUAGCCCCUCGAGUUCAGACGGUAACGAAUCUGAAUACAGAGAUUCUUGACCGUUUCCCUGGAAAAGAACAGGUGUAUGUCUCGGUGAACACUCCCAAUCCUGACGAUGUCAGUAACUUCGAUCACACAGUGAUCGAGGCAAUGCAGGAGCAAAUCUGCAAGGUUAAUGAUGGCAAUAUGCCUCCCGGAGAGUUGAAACUGAAAGUCGGAGUAGAUGUUAUUCUACGUAAAAACUUAUCAGUCCGCACAGGUUUCUCCAACGGAACCAGAAUGCGGGUCGUUGCCUUGCACAACGAUUUGGUCGAAUGUCAGAAGAUCGACCCUCACGGCAAUCUCGGGCAAAUAGCCCUUAUUGCCAGAAGUCGAUUUGACUAUCGUCCUCGAAAAGACGCCAGAGCAGGAAUACGCUUUACGCGUUAUCAAUUCCCAUUGCAACUGGCCUUUGCAAUGUCCAUUAAUCGUGCUCAAGGGCAAACCUUGAACGUGGUUGGACUAUACUUGGACGAUCCGGUCUUCAGUCAUGGCCAGACAUAUGUGUCGCUUAGUCGCACACGAAGAGCCGCCGAUAUCCACUUAUAUUCUCACGUCGAUACGGACGAGAUUGAUAAUGUGGUUUACCGCGAAGUCACAACGUUCCUGCGCGAUCUCGAUACAAUUUACGAGAACCAGAAGUCAAAAUACCCUCAGAAACCUGCUGGGAAAUAA